GGAGGCAGAUGGGCAGAACUGGACCUUUGCCUUUGACUUUUCCUUCCUGAGCCAAGAAGAGGAUCUGGCAUGGGCCGAGCUCCGGCUACAGCUGUCCAGCCCCGUGGACCUCCCCUCCGAGGGCCCGCUGGUCAUUGAGAUUCUUCACCAGUCAAAGUCAGAGCAGCAGGCCCCAGCUGACUGCUUGGAGCAGCUUCGGAUGGACCUGUUCACUGUGGCUCUGUCUCAGGUCACCUUUUCCUCAGGCAGCAUGGUCCUGGAGGUGACCAGGCCACUCUCCAAGUGGCUGAAGCGUCCCGGGGCUCUGGAGGAGCAGAUGUCCAGCAUGGCUGGGCGGUGCUGGCGGCGGCCCCCCACAUCGCCCAUCACUGGUGGGCUGCUGGUGCUCUACUCCAACCUCUCGCAGGAGCAGAGGCGGCUGGGCGGCUCCACCUUGCUAUGGGAAGCCGAGAGCUCCUGGCGGGCCCAGGAGGGACAGCUCUCCCACGAGAGGAGCAGGAGGCACCGGCGACAUCACUUGCCGGACAGCAGCCAGCUGUGUCGGAAGGUCAAGUUCCAGGUGGACUUCAACCUGAUCGGAUGGGGCUCCUGGAUCAUCUACCCCAAGCAGUACAAUGCCUAUCGCUGCGAGGGCGAGUGUCCUAACCCCGUAGGGGAGGAGUUUCACCCGACCAACCACGCGUACAUCCAGAGUCUGCUGAAACGUUACCAGCCCCACCGAGUCCCUUCUACCUGCUGUGCCCCAGUGAAGACCAAGCCCCUGAGCAUGUUGUAUGUGGACAAUGGCAGGGUACUCCUAGAUCACCAUAAGGACAUGAUCGUGGAAGAAUGCGGGUGCCUCUGACGGGAUCCUGGAGGGAUGCUGGAUUUGCCUGCACUCUGGAAGAUCGGGAAGCUCCGGGAAGACACAACCAUCUAAUCCAGUGAGGAGAAACCAGAGGGGAAAAGUUGCUCUGCCCAUCAGGACUGAAGAGCAAGGGCUGCCCACUUCGUAAAUAAAGGGCUCUGUGGAGUCUGGCCAAGAACAGAGGCCGCUGUCAGGAAAAGGGAGGAGGAAACCUGUGCAGUGAGAUUGCUGGGUUUUCUCUUUACUGAAGACAGGGUCGAGUAAAAGCACAUGUACAAGAGUGCUUUACUGAAUUAAAAAAAACAACCACCACCACCCUGUGAACCCCCUGAAAUUGUAUGCAAAAGUUGGGACAUCUGCAUUUCUUUUUGAAGUGGCACAAGGUCAUCUAUAGCUUUCGUGUAUUCUCAAAAGUGGUCUGUGACCCUCCCCACUCCCCAAAGCUUAAAUAUCACUGUACAGAUUAAAGUCCUCAG